AUGCCACCAUUGGGAUAUGAAAAAUUGGUUUUAUCCAAAUUUGUACCUACAUGGCAGGCGUUUAUCAGUAAUAUUGAUUGGCAAGUUAAAGCUAGAUGUGUUGAAUGUUACGGUAAUGCUUGUGCUGCACAUAAUGGAGACUACAGCACACCCAUUCGUUGCUCUAUUUGGAAUAAAGAUGAAAGUUUAAUCGCUAGAAGUCCCAAUAUACAUAAUGAUAAACAUGAAAUAGAUGAUUUCUACUUGGAUAUUGAUGAUAUAACUGAGUUUUCUUACCAGAUAGACAACUGUAUAACUGAGCUACAACAAGAAAAUAUUGUUAGUGAUAAAAAUGCACUCAAUAAUGAAACAAAAAAGACAAAUAACUCAUGUGUUAUCGUUUCAAAGGGUAUGGACACAUAUCGCAUCUUAUUCUACCUAUUACUUUACCUUAAAAACCCAAAACAUGUACAUGAAGUUGAAGAUUUUGAUAUUUCUAAAAUGGAUUACUAUGACAUCAUCUAUGCCGGAUUGUUUUCAUUGAAUUUUGAUUUGACGGAACUGUUUUUAACACAAAAAUUUUCUCCUGAUAAUUUUUCCCCUAAUACUAUCGUAUCCAGUGAAAAUCGCAACAAAGUCAGACAAGAUGUUUGCGAUUUACCAAUAACUUAUAUCGCAGCUAGAUCGAGAUUGAUUUUGGUAAUCGGAAUUGAUUACUCCGAUUACAUUGAAUAUAGGAAUUGUGAAAUAAACGAAAUUACAUUCAUCUCUAAGAUACUUUAUACACAUAGUAAUAAUCAAAAUACCGAUAAUAACCCAAUAUCUGAUUUUAUACUGCCUAGGAUGGGAUACAUAUCUCGGCAUUCGAUAAAGGAAAGAGAACAAUUAUAUACCAGGGGUGGCGUUUAUUGUGCCAGUGCAGAGGUGUUUCUUCUAGAUAUUCUUUGUAAUAGUUUACUCAUUGAAUGUAUUUCUGGAAUUGUUGUUAUGAACGCUCACAAAGUGUGCAGUGAUACUAGGCUAUCAUUCCUACUAAAUUUGUAUAGGAAUGGGAAUUCACUUGGGUUUGUUAAAGCUAUUUCUGAUGAUAUAAAUGCAUUUUCAGACGUGAAUAUUGUUAAUCAAUUCCACUGCGAAGAUAUGUCGAUACACCUAUUGCCACGAUCUAACAGCUUGAUAUCCGGAUCAUUAAGCAGAAAAAACAUGCAACCUGAAACCCAUGAGAUAUCAGUUCCGCUGCCUCCACAACUAGAAAGGAUACAAACUACAUUAGUUACUAUAUUAAAAAAGAUAAUUAACCAGUUAGGCAAAGAUAAUACUACCAAGAUGUUGAUGGCUGAGAUAGGAUUUGACCUAAACACACUAAUAUAUGAAUGGAAUAAGAUUUCGCUGCUGGAAAAAAGGUUAGGCAAGUCCAGCAUUUCAUCAGUUUGGGACAAGACCAGUGACGAUCUAAAUGCUUUGUCCAUCUUAUCCAAGCUCCUGCAUUUAUCGCAGAAGAUUGACGAAAUCUCCUUCCUUAAAAAAGUGGAUAUAGCUCGCUUGAAAUUUAUCGAUUCCCCAUGGAUGUGGGAAAGAGAUGUGCUGCUUUUCUUCAAAUUAUCAGAAGAAAGGGUAUUCAAGGUGAUAGAUGGCAAACCUCCUAAGAUUAAAUGCACCAUAUCCGCUGAUACAAUCUAUAACGUAGUGAAAGAUAUAACCAAGGGUACAAAUUCCACUAUUGUUACACUAGGCCUCCAUGCGUAUGAUGCCAUGAAAUAUCAUCUAUACGAAUUACCCGUUCAAAUACUAUUUAGGGACUACGCCGAAUGGCGAGCCCAGGGCUGUUUGCUCUCACAUAGCAAUUUGAACCCAAAUUUAUCCACACAUAGCAUUUCCCUUGAUGCCAAAACCCACGAUUUACUGGCCCGUAUCAAAUGGGUGGAUUCAUUAUUCCAAGAUUAUUUAACCAAGCACUCCAGCUCACCGGUUGAUACUGGCGACUUUAGUAAUAUUUUAACGAAUACUGUGGAUGUUGUUGCGGUGGUUGAAGGAAGGAGAGAUUUUAAUGAGUUGCCUAUCAAACCAACCAUUCCGCAGCAAUUAACUUGUUCAAAUUUGCACGGCUUUGAUGAUUAUACUGAGAUGUGCAACUCAGCGAGUGACUUAUAUAGCAUAAAAGGGUUGAGUAACGUAUUUGACAGCAUGGUCGAAGGAAAUGUUGUGAUUAUUCAGGGUAAUUUGGGCCUUUUCAGGCAAAUCGAACUCAUUUGCUCACACGUGUACCUAAGGCAAUGUUACCAGGCCAUAUAUCAUCUUUACCAUGGUACUGAAGAUGGUGUUAUAAUAAAUGGCGAAGGUAUAGGUAUAAAGGUGAAGGUUCUGAUUUUGAUAUACAAAGAUUCUAUCCACUCCAAUUCAUUCAGCUAUCACAUUGAUUCUGAGAUUAAAAAAUGGUAUAGAGUUUCCAACUCUCUAAAGUCAGUGAUAGCAAAACCAAUAAUUCCCAAUGAAAUCAUCACUAGUGUCAAUAACACGCCUACCCAAUUGGUUAUAGUUGAUAAAAGGGAGUUCAAGUCACCUUUGCCUUACCAGCUAUUCCUAGAUGGAUUGAAGAUUAUACCUGCAUUCCUUAAGGCAGGGGAUUACAUCAUAACUAGGGAUACUUGUAUUGAGCGUAAAAGUCCCCAAGACCUUGCUAAUUCGUUGACUGUUGGUCGACUGUUUAAUCAGGUCAGGGAGAUGAAGAAGAUGUAUGAAAAUGUAAUAUUGCUCAUAGAAUUUGAUAAUUUUAACUUCCACUUAACUCCAUUUGGUCGAAUGAAGGGUCAAUUUAAUCGCACCUACACGAGAUUGAUAACUCUGUGUUUACUGACAAACAAUUUACAGUUGAUGUGGAGCAAUGGGCCUCAGGUAACGAGUAGGCUUGUUAGGCGUUUGAAGGAAAACAUAGCAGAACCUUGCACCCAGCAAGUGCGAAUGGAACUAUUCGAAGCCGACAGCACCAGUAGCUUGGUUGAAGACUUUGUCAAAAAAAUACCGUGCAUAUCUGAUUGGAUGGUGUACCAGAUCACCAAAAAGGUUAAAACCCUGCAUGACUUGUCUAAUAUGACAUCAAAUACUCUUGAGCAACGAUUGGGAUUUAACAAAAACAUGGCCAAUGAAGUAUACAAGUUUUUUCACACACCCAUAUCACAAAUGCUCGCACACUCAUCCAGCAGCGUAUCUACUAAUGACUGA